AUGUUGGACACCUGUGGUGUUUGUGCAGGUUUCAUCCUUGAAUCCCAAGAGAAAAUCAAGUGCGCAGGACCUUGCGAGGAACUAUUUCACCUGUCGUGUGCCAUAGAAAGUGAGUCUGAAAAUUUACGGGAGGUAAAAGACUGCAAACCAAGGAAUCUCCCAUCGAAUCUGAAUUCGUCGAGUUCAAUUGUGCAAAAUGAUUUCUUUGAUCAAGUUCUGUCGGAUGCCUCGAAACUAGAAAAUAUGUUAAACAUGGUUCAUGAUUUACAACCAAGUGGCAUUCGUUAUUCGACGGAUAUGUCGAACUUGAUGCGUUCUAUGAAUAAGGAAAUAAUUCAGCUACGGAGUGAAAAUGCUACACUUGGUAAUCGAGUAAAAGAUUUAGAUGUUAAAGUGAACAAUGAUAUUGUAACGUUCGAUGGGUUGAAAAAAGUGGUGGGCGAUCUGUCAAGCAAGCUAGAUGAAACCAGCAGGUCGGUGGUGGAUCUUAAAGAUGAAAUUAAAUGCAUUAGAAGUUUGAACAAAACAAUCGAAGAUAAAAAUGCCAGUCUUGUAAAUCAAGUUAGGGACUUAGAAAAUAAACUGGGUAAACUGAAAUCGUCAUUAAAACAACAUACAGAAAAUAGAGUGAUUCAUACAGAAAUACCUAGUGUCAAAACAAAUGAAGAGAAAGAAAGUCUUUCUUGUAAACCUGUGCUUCAGGAGCACAAAAAUUAUGAAAACUCGUCUGUGAUCCAAUCUUCAAUGGCUGGAAAGACCCAGAAAGUAAUAGAAUUCGCCUUUGAUUAUUUUGGAAAUGCAACUGUAACUGCAUUGCGUGGAAUCGGCGAAGUCUACGGGGGCAGACUUAAUCAGCAUGGUUACUUCACGGCUGCCCAGGUUUAUAAAAAGUUUCUAGAACUGAACAAGGAUCAAGAUAUGUUCAAAAGCUGGCUUACUUCAGUGUGUGGUGCAAAUUCUAGAUGGUCUAGAGAAUGCUUCCAGUGUCUGCGCGAUUGGGAUAUCACAUUUGAAGUCCUAGUCCAGCAACAGCAACAAACUAUAACACAGAAAUUGCAGCUAUUAGACACUAAGAACCAGGGGACAAUUACACAAAAUACAGAAAACAGAGUGACCCAUACAAAAAUAGCUAGUGUCAAAACAAAUGCAGAGAAAGAAAGUCUUUCUUGUAACAAUUUGUUUCAUUCACACAAAAACGAAGAAAACUCGUUGGCAACUCGUCCUAAGUUGCUUGAGGUUCCUGUGAGACGGGACGUGCAAUAUUCAUUGGGCAACAAUUCCUUGGAUUGCAAUAUGGAAAAUAAACCUGUAACUGAAUUGGCAGGAAUCGGCGAAACCGACGCGGACAGACUACUUGCUGACUUGAUGUAUCUGCCAACUCUACCCAUCGAAUUUUAUUUAGAUUUAUCUAAAAAUAUCAUUAUUUAGAUAUUUUUAGGUAUUUUUUGGA